GAGUACGUUUUAGAAGUUUGGCGUACCCCAGACAUUGACACAAGAUGGACCACAAGCCACAGAUAUUCCGAUUUUGCGCAACUCCAGUCAUCCUUAAAGGUUGGAUCUAUGGUGCUACCUCAGCUACCUCCCAAGAAAGUUUUUGGAAAUACGGAUAGAGACUUUAUUAAUGAGAGAAAAGUGGCCCUACAGAAAUACCUUGACAAUAUAUUGUCAAAUGAACUACUAGCUUCAUCAUUACCAGUGAAAAAGUUCUUAGAUCCCAAGUCAUAUUCUAGAAAUUUUCAAGAGGAGGCGAGACAGAAUGUGCACAUUGUCCUCAGGUCGGGAGGAAGCCACGAGGCCACAGAAGCCCUUCCGGGAAUCGGAACACGCAUUUGUAAAGAAUACUUUCUGGCACACCCAUUGGCAGAUGCCAAGACACAGCACAUACUCUGGUGGGCUCCCUUUGGGCCCGACAGAGCCAUGAACUUGCGAGACAUGCAUGCAACACUCACGGCACUUGUCCAGUGUCAGCACCCAUACAUUGUUCCGUCUGUCAGCAGUGUGGCCACAGAAACUGGUGUGUGUGUUGUGCGACCGUGGUUUCCUCAGGGAACCGUCCGAGAUCAGAUACACCAAGUGAAGCCACGAGGAAGUUGCCUGAUGAAGUACUCGGGUGAAAGAUUAAAUCCUAUCCCCCAGAGAGAGUGUGCCAUCUAUGGGAGACAGAUUUUACAAGCUCUUUUAUUCCUACAUGAAAAAGGGUUAGGACAUGGGAGCUUGCACACUGGAAACCUAGUGAUAGACAAUAAUGUCUGUCGUCUCUUGGAACUCGAGAAUCAGGUAGUUGGUCUCCCCACCCAAUUAAGGCCAUUCAUGAUCAACCAUCGCAAGAUCAAUUCAAUCGAAGCCAUUGACGUCUAUAGCUUUGGCCAUGUGUUGUACGAAAUGAUUUUCCAGAGGCGCCUGACGACAGACACAUGCACAGAAUUUCCUCCAGAGUGCCCUCCUUUGUCGAGAUCUGUGCUUGAAAGCAUACUGAGUCCAGAAGCUUGCAAAAAUGGCAUUCCUACUGUUGCUGGCUUGUUAACUCAUCCAUUCUUUAAUCAGGUUCCUCUCCAUAGCCAUGAGAAGCCAACAUUGAAAUUAUCAUCAUCGGUGAAACAGGCUGUAUCAGCCAGCCAUGAGGCUUUAUUGACAAGAUUAGCUGCUGACCAAAAGAAAGUACGUCAGCAGAGAAAGUUGUCCAAAGCAGAGGCAUUUGUUUCACAACAGUCGAUAAAGAACAGAUCUAAAAAGCAUUUACAAGCUGACACAAAUGGCAUUAUAUCAGAUUCCCAGAGAUCAUCAGAAGACACAAGUCCUAGUCCUGGUAGCGCCAGUGGGAACACGAGUCUCUCACCAUCACUGGUAGCACCAGCACCUCCCCCUCCAAAUCCACAACCCCCUUCCUCUUCCAAUGUCCCCCAGUCACCAGCAGGCCCUCCCCCUCCCCCACCUCCUCCCCCUCCCCCUCCCCCUCCAUCAGUGGCCUCGUUCCCAAGCACAGCCCCGCCACCUCCUCCAAGUCAGAACCAAGAGCGAACUGCCUUACUCUCGUCCAUCAGUUCGUUCAAGAAGAACAAACUGAAGAAGUCCACAACCAACGACCGCAGUGCUCCUGCUUUGUAAGGGAGACUAAGUUUGGGGGUAUUGUUGCAUUCAGGAGCACCUACAGAAGUCCCUGUCUUCUAAGGAGAGGCCCUAGAGUGGGGGUCUUUAUGUUUAGUAUUUCAGAGUGCUACUGAGUGAGAUGUGAAACAGAGAGGUUGAUAGCAUUGCAAUCUACAUCGAUAGAUCAAUGGGCCUUGAGUGGAGGCUUGAUUUUUUUGUCUGUAUGUGAUCAGAAGUGUUGUAUUUUGAUAUUAAAAGAUGAUAUAUAUGUGUGUAUGUAUAUAAAAAAUAUAUAUAUUAUUAUGAUUUUUUUGUCACAAGCUAAAUCAGUUUCAAGUAUUUUUUAUGUUCAGGUAAUUUACCUGGUGUUGCUAAAGUCAUUCCCUUCUUGUUUUACUUUUGUUAUAUCUUUCAUAAUUUCUUCUUUUAUACAUUGUAAAGCUUUAUAACAAGAUCUGAUUAAGUACCACAAGCUCAAAAGUUGUGCUGUCUGAAAAUUGAAUGGUUGUGUUAGCUCAAUAAGAAAUUUUACUUUUUUAUCUAGUCAGUAGAAAAAAAUACUGGUCAAAACUUUUUGUGUUGUUUUGAUUUUGUUAUGUAACAAAGUCAGAAUGUAUUCCAUAAAGGAAUAUAAAAAUUAUGAAUUGUAGUUGGUGCAAAGCAUUUAUAGACAAUAUGUAUUACUUUUAUUAAAGAAGCCAAUAUUUAAGUUUACUAUUUUAUACUUAAUUAACUAUUAAUAAAAACAAUUUAAGUAAAACUUUUAAGCCAAACUGAAGGUAAGUUGCCUAGAAUUUGCAUAUUUGUGAUUUUAGUUUAUUGAACAUUUCAGAAAUUAUUUUUAAAAUUUCAUAUUCUGGAUUAAUUCCAUGUUGAUGUAAAAGGGACUGAUUGUCAUUGGCAUAUUACACAGAUUACUGUUUGAGCAAUGCAUUUCUGUGAAUAGCAUGCAUUUGAUACAAUUGCAGAUUAUUUGCAAAUAUAUGUAAUGAAGAACG